AUGUCCAAGACGCUGCGGAAGAAGCGGCACUGGCUGAGCAAGGUGCAGGAGUGCGUGGUGUCCUGGGGCGGCCCGGCGGGCCCCGACCCCGACCUCCUGCGCGGCGGCGCCGAGCGCGGCGAGUUCCCCUACCUGGCGGGCCGCCUGCCGCCGGGCGGCGAGGGCGCGCCGGGCCCCGCGCUGCUCUCGGGCAAGGCGCCGGCGCCGGGCGACGUGCUGCUGGAGGUGAACGGCACCCCCGUCAGCGGCCUCACGCACCGCGACACGCUGGCCGUCGUCCGGCACUUCAGGGAGCCCGUCCGCCUCAAGACCGUGCGCCCAGGAAAAGUCAUCAACAAAGACUUGCGCCACUACUUGAGCCUUCAGUUCCAGAAGGGCUCGAUAGACCAUAAACUCCAGCAAGUGAUCAGAGACAAUCUCUACUUGAGAACCAUCCCUUGCACUACGAGGGCUCCCAGAGAUGGGGAGGUCCCUGGGGUAGACUAUAAUUUCAUUCCUGUUGAGCAGUUUAAAGCACUGGAAGAAAGUGGAGCCUUGCUAGAAAGUGGAACAUAUGACGGUAAUUUUUACGGUACUCCGAAGCCUCCAGCGGAGCCCAGCCCCUUUCAGCCUGAUCCAGUGGAUCAAGUUCUUUUUGACAAUGAUUUUGAUACCGAAUCACAGAGGAAAAGAACCACGUCCGUCAGCAAAAUGCAAAGGAUGGACAGUUCUCUCCCUGAAGAGGAGGAAGAGGAGGAAAAGGAAGCAGUUAAUGGCAGCGGAGGGAUAGAAAACAAAGAAAAACAUUCAGAUUCUCCUGACUGGAUGAAACCAGUUCCCAGCUACAACCAGACAAGCAGCUCCAUGGACUUCAGAAAUUACUUAUCGAGGGAUGAAACCCUGGAACCGCUGCCCAAGAACUGGGAGAUGGCCUACACCGACACUGGCAUGAUCUACUUCAUUGAUCAUAACACCAAGACAACCACAUGGCUUGAUCCGCGGCUCUGUAAGAAAGCCAAAGCUCCUGAAGAUUGUGAAGAUGGAGAACUUCCUUAUGGGUGGGAAAAAAUAGAAGACCCUCAAUACGGAACAUACUAUGUUGAUCAUAUUAACCAGAAAACUCAGUUUGAAAACCCAGUAUUGGAAGCCAAAAGAAAAAAACAGGUGGGACAGACUGAUGUUGGCCCUUCAAAAUCAGGACCAGAGAAGUCUGUCUUCACUAGAGAUCCAUCCCAGCUUACAGGAGCACUUAUACGGACAUCGCUGAAAAAAAGUACAAUGGGAUUUGGCUUUACAAUUAUUGGAGGGGACAGACCUGAUGAGUUUCUCCAGGUGAAGAAUGUGUUAAAAGAUGGACCCGCUGCACAAGAUGGGAGAAUUGCACCAGGUGAUGUCAUUGUAGACAUAAAUGGAAGUUGUGUCCUUGGCCAUACCCAUGCAGAUGUUGUCCAGAUGUUUCAGCUAGUUCCUGUCAAUCAGUAUGUGAACAUGACUUUGUGUCGUGGUUAUCCUCUUCCUGAUGACAAUGAAGACCCUGUGGUAGAUAUAGUGACAGCUACACCUAUUAUCAACGGACCACCUGUGACCAAAGGAGAUGUUUGUGUGACCAGCCAAGAUUUAAUAGCAGGAACAGUUGUGUUGGACCAGAAUGGAAAAAUGGGCCCUAUGAUGGUCAAUGGUCGUCUGAAUGGCCCUUCCAUGGAUACAGCUGAUCAGAGGAUCUCUCUUGCAUCUUCAGGAGGCUCUCAGCCAGAGCUGGUCACCAUUCCUCUAGUCAAAGGUCCUAAAGGCUUUGGGUUUGCCAUUGCAGACAGUCCUACAGGACAGAAGGUGAAAAUGAUUUUAGACAGCCAGUGGUGCCAAGGCCUUCAGAAAGGGGAUGUAAUCAAGGAGAUUUGCCAUCAGAACGUACAGAGCUUGACACAUCUGCAGGUGGUGGAGGUACUGAAGCAGUUUCCAGUCGGAGCCGAGGUGCCGCUGCUUAUCUUAAGAGGAGGUCCACCCUCACCUACUAAAACUGCCAAAGGGAAGGACAAGCAGGAUAGUUCAGGUAGUUUGGAAGCUGUCAGCGAUCCCAUGCCGCAGCCGAUGCCAUUUCCACCCACUGCUGUACGACCAGGUUCUCCUAAACUGGACCCUUCGGAAGUCUACCUGAAGUCUAAGACUAUGUAUGAGGACAAACCUCCAAACACAAGAGACUUGGAUGUUUUCCUGCGAAAACAAGAGUCAGGCUUUGGUUUCCGGGUGCUUGGAGGGGAUGGACCAGAUCAGCCCAUUUAUAUUGGAGCCAUUAUCCCAUUGGGAGCAGCAGAAAAAGAUGGCAGGCUUCGAGCUGCGGAUGAGCUGAUGUGUAUUGAUGGAGUCCCUGUUAAAGGGAAGUCGCACAAACAAGUUUUGGACUUAAUGACCGGUGCUGCACGGAAUGGUCAGGUGCUGCUCACAGUCCGGAGGAAGAUCUUCUUUGGGGAAAAGCAACCGGAGGAGGAGGACUCGCAGUCUCUCUUGACGCAAAACAGCUCUCCCCGACUGAAUCGGGUAGAGAUUGCAAACCAGCAGUCCCCAGAGGUCUAUGAUGUCCGUCUGCAGCGGAAGGAGAACGAAGGAUUUGGCUUCGUCAUCCUCACCUCAAAGAACAAACCUCCUCCUGGUGUGAUUCCUCACAAGAUCGGGCGAGUUAUAGAUGGGAGCCCAGCUGACCAGUGCGGGAAGCUGAAAGUGGGAGACCGCAUAUCAGCGGUGAAUGGUCAAUCCAUCGUUGAGCUCUCGCAUGACAGCAUAGUGCAGCUGAUCAAGGAUGCGGGCAACGUGGUGACUCUGACUGUGGUGGCUGAGGAAGAACACCGUGGUCCUCCGUCAGGAACAAACUCUGCCAGGCAGAGUCCAGCUCCGCAGCACCGACCGCUGGGAUCAGCACAGAUCAACCCUUCCAGCACAGACAGGGGAGCUACAGAAGGUGAAGCUGGAAAAGAAGUUUCAAGUAGUUACAGGCUCUCCUGGCCCGAACAUAAGCACUUGACACAAUCCGAUGCUGGUGUUGCUUCAGUUGUUGGAAGCCGUCAUUCCCAGAAUCCUGGCUGUUUCCCAGUAGAGUUGGAAAGGGGCCCUCGAGGGUUUGGAUUCAGCCUUCGAGGAGGAAAGGAAUACAACAUGGGCUUAUUCAUCCUUCGACUUGCUGAAGAUGGGCCAGCUGUCAAAGAUGGGAGAGUACAUGUUGGUGACCAAAUUGUUGAAAUUAAUGGAGAACCCACCCAAGGAAUCACUCACACACGAGCCAUUGAGCUGAUUCAGGCUGGAGGGAAUAAAGUUUUGCUGCUGCUGAGACCGGGGACUGGCUUGAUACCAGAUCACAGUGAUUGGGAUAGUUAUAAUCCAUCUUCGUCAAAUGUAAUAUAUGAAGAACAGUCACCAUUAUCUUCAUCUUCACAUUCUGCUUCCCCAUCUGAAGCAUGUUAUUUACCACUACCAGGAGAAGCUUUAAUGAGAGUUCAGCUGUCUGAGAAACUGGAACAAGCAAAGAACACUGUGCCUGAAAAGAUAAGCACUUUAACUGAAAACCAGUUUGAGAUGAAGCCUCAGUCUUCCCCCCAGAGAACAAAGAACAGAUGGGAAUGUCCCUCCAGCCCUGGGUUUGAAAUCACAAAAGGUAGUUUGGAAUUGGGCACCAGAAGAGACAGAUCUGCAAGUCCAGAAAAGUUAGUGGCUGCUGAGGGACAUCCUCACACAGGAUUCCACAGCCCCAGAAAAGGGGAUCCUGAAAAAACCUAUGGCAACCUCUCACAUAAAUCUGACAGUUCCAGAAAGAGUGAGAGCAAACCCACAGAAAUAGGGACGAACAAUAGUAACAAAAAAGAGUAUUCCAGUGGAAAUCAAGGAAGGUCCGACAGUCCCCAAAAGCAUCUCAGUAAGCAAGGAAACGUAGAAACGGCAGGCAGGUUACAAGCGUAUCAAGAUAGAACAACUGGUGGCGAUAAGAUGACUGUUGAGCAGUUGAAAGGUGGAAAUGGUAAAAGAGGAGUCACCAGGAAAGACACAAAGCAGACAACGUCUGGAAAGGCGGAAUGGUGGUCUCCAGAGCGACAACAUGCAGCAUUUGAUGAGAAUAAUCUUCUGUUCAGUGACUCCAGGAGAAACACAUCUGAAGAUGAAAAAAUAAAGAACUCAAACUCUGGAGGACCAAGUUCCAGCAGAUUCAAAAGUUCCAGUCUUUCCAAUAUUCCACUGCUUUCCAUGGAGAAACAAAGAAGGCUAGAAACACAGGAGACUGUUAAGCUGAACAGACAACACAGAGAGAGACACAUGGAGCUGCCCGAUGAAACCAAAGAUGAUGGAAUUUCCAAAUCUGAGAAUAGUUCUCCAGUCAAGAAAACAGCGAUAACUCCUGGACCUUGGAGGGUACCAAGCGCAUGUAAAGUCACCCAAACAGCAGGUGUAGCUGAAAAACGGGUUUGACUGACACUUUUUUUUUAGAACAUGUUUUAAUCAAGUUUCUAAUAAUGGUCAUUUAAAAGCAUUGUUUCUUUUCACGAAGUUGUCUUUUUUUCAGAAACUGGUUAGAGGGUGGAAAGUAUUUGAUUUGUUCUUAAAUUAUCUAAGCUGCAUGAAGGACCUUUUGGAUUGCUUAAAUGAAACUCUUCCAUAAGCUGCUGUCCCCUUGUCCUUUUGAAGGCGGUGUUCUGCUGCUCUCAACGUUGCACUGCUACGGCUUUCUCAGAUAGUAUUGUGAGUUUCUGAACAAAAUUAUUUAAUGCCUAUAUUGCCAAUGUGAUCAUGACUCACUUCUUGUUCUUGUGCCAAGUUAUCUACUGUAUCCAGUCAAUCUAAUCCUUCUCACAUGCAUUCCAGUCACAGGAAAGGCAAGGUUUUGUUUGAAAUGGGUAUUUUCUCAAGAGCAUGUUUCAUGUUUACAUAAGGAAAUACACAUGUUCUUACUGGUUCAGUAAGAAGAUGGGUGAGUUGGUUCUAUCAAUUCUGGGGCAGCAAAUGAGCCACUGAUGCUGUUCAAUUGAGGAUUUUUCUUAAAUUUUUAUACCUAAUGCAAAAUCGUGUAGAUAAAAAUUA